UACGGGACGCUUGGCAAAAGUUCUCGAACUUCACAUUUCCUGAGCCGCACUCCAGCAGUGCUCGACCGCCAUUGGGGACACAGCACCACGCGAGCAGUCAUGUCUCUAUACAAGAACCUGUCCGGCACGAGUAGCCACGAGAAGGAUGCAGCCACUGAGAAGAGAAAUCGGCAAAGAGUUCUCAUUCUUAGCUCGCGGGGCGUAACCUUCCGCCAUCGUCACCUGCUUCAGGACCUUUACUCGCUCAUGCCCCAUAGCCGGAAGGAGGCCAAGCUAGACACCAAAACCAAACUCUACCAGCUCAAUGAACUCGCCGAGCUGUACAACUGCAAUAAUGUCCUCUUUUUCGAAGCGAGAAAAGGAAAGGAUCUCUAUUGCUGGAUGAGCAAAGCCCCGAAUGGUCCAACGGUGAAAAUGCACCUCCAGAACUUGCACACCAUGGAAGAAUUGAACUUCAUUGGCAACUGUUUGAAGGGGUCGCGACCGGUCCUCUCCUUCGAUGCCACCUUCGAUAAGCACGCUCACCUUAGAGUGAUUAAAGAACUUCUUACUCAGAUCUUUGGUGUGCCUAAGACGUCUCGAAAGACAAAGCCUUUCGUCGACCACGUUCUUGGCUUCACUGUCGCCGCCGGGAAGAUAUGGAUCCGCUGUUAUCAGAUCAACGAGUCGGAGCCUGGCAAAAAGAAGUCCGCUGCCAACGGAGAAGAGAUGGACGUUGGCCCCGCCCCCAAAAAGAAGGGAAAGACGGAUUUCGACGUCAGUCUGGUCGAAAUAGGCCCUCGGUUUGUACUCACCCCCAUCGUCAUACAGGAAAGUUCUUUUGGCGGACCCAUCAUCUACGAGAACAAGGAGUUUGUCUCCCCAAACCAGAUCAGAUCAGAUCUGAGGAGAGCCAAGGCCGGCAAAUUCAACAGGCGGACAGAGGCAAUCAGAGAGGGAAAGAUCAAGCUCGCAGAUCUAGGCCUCGCCACUCAUGGUGGACGCAAGAAAGAGAAGGAUUCUCUGAGCGACCAAGUGCUCUUUGCGUAGGCCACGCACAGGAAUCACUCAAGCAAAACCACGGCGUUCAAGGGAUCAGGGUACCAUUCGGGUGUGGACAUAAAGCGCGGGCUGGGUCAUUCUUCUUCAAUUCGUCGUAUUUACUAUGCUGCA